UAGACAAUGCAGCUAAUAUAUUUUAAUAAAAUUUCAUUUCAAAAUUGUUUUUCCUCAUAGCCUAAUUAUCUUUAUUUUGGCAAAUUUGUUAGUUUUAGUUUUUCUUUGAUUCUUAUCGACGAUCGGGCUGAACUAGAGAAUCCUAGUAGUAACGGUACCACAGAGAAGGGGCAUGAAUUUGGCCGAAAUAAUACUGUUCAUUUUGGCAAUUGUUAUCGGAAAAACUGUGGCAACAAAUGCUAGUUCAGUCGAAACAAUUUCAACGCAAGUUUCCAAUAAUUUCCCUCAAGCGGAGUCAAAGUUCAGGCGCUGGUUUUGUUACAAUUCGCCAGUACCUAGUGAUAAAUAUUUGCGAAAAUGUUGCGAAAAUGAAUUAUACCGUUACAAAGAUAAUUGGUUUGCUGGUGGAUAUUACUUAACUACUAUCCUAGAUCGAUUGCAGAGGUGGAAUUGCUCUGAAUUUCGAGAGGAGUGCACUGAGCCUACUUGGCCGUUCACCGACUUCACGUGGCUUGUGUACGAUCGAUUUUGCAAUCGCAAAAAUAUGGAAGCUCGAUGUCUAUCCAAAGUGAAGAAGAUGGUUCAAGAUUAUGGUUUCAUAAAAUCGCAUAAGAAAAAUAUCACAGAAAACGAAUGGGCAACAUUGGUGGAGUCGCUUGUAUCUAAGAAGAUGAAAUUGGACGACUUGGCAAAGCCAUGUAUUCAAAUAGCAUUAUUCGAUAGAAAAGAUGGUGGUGUUGGACGAUUUCAUGAAGUAGUUGAAGUCUACGUCCCAUUUUGUGGUCUUCAUUGGGAUGGAUACGACUAUCAUACUGCGAUGAAUCGAAAUGUUUCACCUUGGACAAGCAUGUCAUCGUGGUGCAGGGGAAGUGUGAUUGUUGUGAUGGCCGUAAUUUGUGUUCUGGGAGUCGCUACAAUAAUAGCAAAUACCACUAUUCUAUCUGUAUUUGGACUAACUCCGUCAUUGCGUAACAGUCAAACAGUUUACAAGAUAUCUUUGGCUAUUGCUGACCUUUCUGUAGGGUUAUUAGUUUGGCCAAAUAUGCUUGUAUUGCAGUACUUGACGUUUAUUCAACCAAGAACUAUGGGAGAUGAAGUCACACAUCCUUCUACAGUGAGCAACGACACGUGGCUGGCGCAUUUCCCAUUUGGAAACGAGAGUUUGGUUCACCGAUACCCAGGAGGAGUCAAAGCAAAAACAAUUCCUCGGCCUUAUAUUACUUUUGUUGGUGUUUGUAUGUCGCUGUCGCUAACUGUUUCAAUUUACACACUGAUGAUAGCAAGCUUCGAUCGAUUUUAUGCUAUAUUCAAACCUUUGAAAUACAACAAACAUUCUGCUCAAAGAUAUGCAACAUAUACCUGCGUUGCUCUGUGGUGCUUGUCAAUUUUCUUUGCUUUGCUGCCUACUUUUGUGAGAAUAAUUCAAUAUGAUUUGAUAUCAUCUACAUUUAUUUUUCCAAAUGGAAUAACCGCUCUUGGAUUGCUGUUCGUUGCACUAUUUUUGCCCUUAAUCAUCACAUGGGUGGUCUCGUAUGCAACAUUUGGAAUGUCAAAAAAACAUGCAAGAAAUCGCCAAAAAAUGUUUUCAAGUGGAAGCAGCAGUACAUAUGCUAUUGAACAACGCGUUGCCAGAACUUUGGGUAUAAUGGUCGGCGUGUUUACAGUCUGCAUUCUCCCCUCUGUGACAACAAUAGUUGCCGGGUUUUUUCUUCCUCAGACUGUAUGGGGUGAUCCAAAUAACAUUGAUGUCUACACAUCAAAUGUUUACGUUUCAUCCGAGUACGUUGCUGUAAUACUUCUAACUUCAAAUAGUUUAUGGAAUUUCUUUAUAUACAAUAUGAGAACUUCGGGGUUUAAAGAAGCUACCAGAAAAUUAUAUACUGAUGCACUACAAAAGAGUCGACUGAGUUAUGUUGGCCGAAAAACCAUGAUAUUUUUUCGCGGUGCCAGGGGUAUAACCAUUUCGUCAAUGUAUACCCUAAAAACCUUGAGUGGAGCAAGCGAAACAGAUUUACGAAAACCAUCGGCACCAACCAACAAAACAAAACUGGACGACAAAACAGAAGAUUUCACAAAUAAAAUUACAGAAACAAAGAAUUUUACAUGUGCAACAGUUGAUUAUCCAGGUUCCUACCUUAAAAGCGGAACGGAAUCGAAUAAACAAUCAAUAGUAACAGAACUAAGAGUUGAUGAAUUAAAGAAAAUAUCUGGACAAGAUAACAAAGGAUUUGUUAAUGGAGAUUCUAUUUUCGACUCAUUCACGGUGGACUUUGGGACAGACAGAUUUUUGCAUUCAGUCAUGGAAAACAUAAAUGAAGAUGUGGAAGAGGAUAGUAUUCAAAUUAAAAAACUGUAAUACAAAAACUAUUCAAAUAAGUCUGACUCUAACAUGUUAUUUCAUAUUUGUCAACUACAAUUCGCCGUUUUGAAGUUUAUUUCAUAUUGAAUUGAACAGCUCAAGGUUGUUUAAAUGAUGCAGCAAACAUGGAAAAACGACAACCAAUUAGUGUGAAAUGAAAUCUAAAAAUCAGGAAAUGUAGAAUAAUGUUUUUUUUGGAUAAUGUGAUUUGUAUUUAUGGAUAUUCUUAUAAAGCAGUUUCGUUACAGUUUAUCCAAAAUCACAAUCAGCAUCAUCUUUCGAUAUUUUCCUUCGUUCAGCCCAUGCAGCAAAUGAAGCUGCGCCUACUCAGGAGUUUUGAUAUAUCAAAUUUUUGAUCGUACAUAAUUGACCUCGUAUUGAUGGAUCUAUUUUCAUUAUAUGGAUGUUGUAAUACUUUAUCCAUUAUAAAUACAAUUACAAUUAUAGAAAGUAAAUAGAAAAUUCAAGUUUUAGGAAAUCGUAAACUUGGUUCUCAAAAUGACUUGAAGCCAAGGCAGACCAAAGAUGUGUUUUUAUGAUUCAUUUUUAUCAUUGUUAAUUAUAUAAAUGUAUAUAUAGUAUGAUUUCUUUGCAAGUUUACAAUGUUUUCUUAAAUAACAUGAAACUUUAACAUCAAAUUUCUGAAAUCGAAUCCGACAUAAUUCUUUUUAAACAUGUUCAGAGUCUCAAAAUAAUUGUCAACAAAGAGAUUAAUUUCAUUGAGAUAUUGUACUUCAAAGACCAAUAGCAUGCAAUGACCCUAUUGAGAAGAGGCCAUUCAUACAGAGAUCAGAAACUAUGAUGACCACUUGUCCAACUACUGUUUACUGUUUCCUAUACUAGGUCGUGAGAUGACUAUCGACUGUAUUUAAAUAUUUCUUCCAUGAUUGUGAUGAAAGUGCUUUUCCUGUAAUACUUAUUACAAGUAAAAUCGUGUUUAUCACGUCAAUGAGCGAUCACACAAGUCACGUAUAAGCUUAAAAUAAUUUGAAGACCUCUUCGCCCAUUGCAAUUUACAUAAUACCGGACAGAGUGAUGUUUUUUGAAGCAUAUUGUCGUUCUGUAUAGUAUGACAAAAUGUACAAUUAUUGAACUCAAAUCUUCAUGAAAUGGCGUACAUGCUACUUCUGUGUGCCUGUGUCAAAGUUUGGAUUGUUGUACUGUUGGUUGUAAGAUCAUAAGAGCCAAGACUCUAUAUUGGUUAUUCAUUGAAAUUGUGAACUCGACACGUUUAAACAGCAACGAAAAUGUCAUUUAUUUUCCAGAACCUACCACAAAGUGGGAAAGCUCCGCUUGUUUGGUAUGAUACACGUUAUUUCAUCACUGGAGCCAUCAGCGAGUUUUUGAAAUCGUGGGUUCACUUGAGCAAAAUAGACGCUGCCAAGUUUUUGUAAUACUUAUCGCAACACUUUAAUACCUAAUUUAAAAUAAAAAAAAUAAAAUUUACUAGAAAAUCAAAUCGGCAACCUUUAGUUUUUUUGUUGAAAUCACAAGCGACCCAAGAAGAUUUUAAGGCGUCCCAGUCUUGGGUCGCGACCCAUAGUUUGGGAACACUGUAUAAGACGAAGUCCAAUAAGUCUGCCCGUCAGUCAUUUGAUUUUCACGCAGUUUGGGGUUUGCAAAUGUUGUAAAUAGUCUUAGACUGUUUCAAAUAACGUUAGACUCAUCAACUUGUUGUACACAAAGUGAACCUAUAGUUCGUUUCCCUAAAUUGUUGGUGUUGUUACUGUUAGUAUUCUCGUUGUUGUGCUUUCCUCUUCGACUACUGUACCAAUUGCUUUGAA